GUGGAUUCUUAACCACUGCGCCACCAGGGAAGCCCUGUGGGUAGUUUUAAAAUAGUGACAGAUAAAAAAAAGAGCGAGGGUUGUGGGGGUCUGCAUUCAAGGAGAUUAGAACAGAAAACAAGAUAAGAAAGGUAUACAUGUAACUAUAGUAUUUUGUAAGUUAAAAGCAGGUAACUUUUACUCCUACCACCUGACAGUGAUAAAUCCUGUUCUCUAAUCGUGUUAUCUAAUCCUACUUCUACUGGAUCUCUGUAGGCCACCUGCUCCAGGUCUUUUUAGUGAAGACAAUGGUUAUUUGGAAUUUUAAAGAAAAAAGGAUUGUCCUCGUUUGCUGAUCUCUUUCCACCAAGUUAUCAUGUAAACUGUUUAAUGAGUCUUGUCACAUUAGAAAUAUUAUAAAUUGGUAGAUCUUUUUAUGGCUUAUAACUCUGUGUGUGACAUUCAGCAUGUCCCCUAAAUGAAGUUCAGAAGUUUAAAAGAUUUAAGAGCUUCUCUGCAAGCCUUUUUCCAGUUUAGCCUGUACUACUUGCCCUUUUGAAUGCUUUUUUUUUCCUUUUCCUGUUUUGACUAUUAAUCAAUCAUAUUAGCCUGUUAGGCUUAGUGUUCCUGUCAGGCCUAUUAAAGAAUCGUGUAGUUUCUGCCACUAUGGUGAUUCUCCCUGAGUUCAGAGUGAGCAAGCAGACAGUCCCUGGGUGAAUCCUAGGGCUUCAUCCUUAAUCACCGUAUGGCUUUGGUUGUGUAUUAAAUAAAUGCUAAGUUAAUAAAUGGCAUUAGUAUAACCAGUCUUUUUAUUACUAUGUAUAUCCCAAUUGUUGUGGUGUUAUAUGCAUUUGUAAAAUGAUAUUUACAUAAGUAUAUCAAAGUGGAUAUUCAUUUAUGUAAAAUGUGAAUGCGUCUAUGUCCAUUUCUGAUAAUGUAAGCACCAGUUUCAGAAAUAUUAGGGGCUACAAGAAACUUGCAUGUAUUCAUCUUUUACGACAUUAUACAGAAUUCUUUUGUGAUAUCUUUGUGAGUGUAUUCAAAUAAGGAGGUCGUAUACAAACCUGUAAAGUGAAUGUAGGAAUAUUGAGGGCAUUGCUCCCCUAUGUAUCUUAAACUUUUGAGUUGGUGCAAAAAAAUGAUUGCAUUUUACCUGUCAAUAGUCAACAUCUGGCCUGCCUAUCUCCCAAAUUAGUGAUUUUCUCUUAGACUUAGAUGUUUACAGGUAUAUUCAUAUCCAGUGUAAGUAACCCAAGUGUACCAGUCUAUGAAUUAACUUAAUUAAAGGAUCUGUCAAGUUUUUAAAAUAGUUGAACAGAUUUUCCGGUUGCUGAGAAAAAUACCAAAAGCCGAUCAUAAAAUCUAGUUGAGUAAAAGGAGCCUUGUAGUUAAUCUGACCAGUUUAUGUGCAUUCUUUAUGUAUGAAUGGUCCCCACAGCCAGACAGCUGCAGAAUUUCUCUCCUUCCUAUAUAUGCUGGUACUAUUUUUUUUUCCUCAUUCUUCCCCUUCCCCUGCAUUACUGUUGUUUAUAUGUGUUGUGCAUUACUAUUGUCUGUUACUAUUUUUCUUCCUUUUCUGUUCUUCCUCUACUGUAGCAGUCAUUGGCAGUAGUGAUGGGAAAAGCAGAGGAGGGAGUAGGUGAGAAAUAGUGAGAAGCUAGAAGAAGUAAAAGCUGUAAUAGAACCUUCAUAACAUGCUUUCCAUCCUGUUGUAAUUGACUUAUAGGAAUAGUGAAAAUUAUGUUAUGCCCAUUCUUAAUUCUUACUUCGAUCCUUUUUCCCACCUCACUAGCUCAAGAGCCCCGAAAAUUCUCACCAUUUUCCCCAGCCCUGUGACUGCUCCUCAUAUCUUGGUUUCAAAUAUAGGCUUGAUGUCCUUUUACUAUAUCCCAGUCUCAUAUUUUUUUCCUCAAUUAUGAUUCUAAAUGAUUAGUAGCACUAAGUUAGGUUAUCCCUGUUGUGAUGAUGGAUAUUUAACUAGGCAUUGCCAAUAUUUACCUUGCUUACUUUCUUUUUCUUUGUUCUGUUUCUAACUACCCACACUCCAUUUGGAUUGGAAGACUUUGUUUUAUUGACAUCAAUUAUUAUUAUUAUAUUAUGUUCAUACUGCUAGGACUUGCCUGUUACUCUGAUCCUUAAGGUGAGUUUGCAUAUAUAUCUUAGACUCCCUUGUGUGUUGAUUUUUACCAUUUAACUCUCCAAGGACAACUUUAUUUGAGGGGGGAGGGGGAGGUUCUCAUUGAUACCUUAAUACACUGCAUACAGCUACUUAGGAAUAAGUCACAUCUCAUGGACAGUUCUAACAUUCAGCAUUAAGACUGAUUUCAGAAACAGAAUUUCGAAGAGCAUGUAGGCUAUCCUUUUGUCCUGUUUCCUGUUGUUCAGAGGAAAGCCAAGUCAGGCAUGUUCUAAGCAGAAUUAUUCUUUCUUACUGUUGAAUAAAAUUGAAAUUGUAUUUCAUUAUCUUUUAUUUAUAUCUAUUUGGUUUUGUGGGUUAAAAACUUGUUAGGGGUAGUUGUCAUUUAAUAGGUUUCACUAUAACAGUAAAAAAUACUUUAGUCUAAAAAGUACAUAGUGUACAUAUGUAAUAGAUGAACAGGGAUAUUAGUGUGCACUCUCUGCAUGUAUACAUUUUCUUUCUGUUUCUCUCCCCAAGCUUUUGAGUCUCUAACUUUUAAUGUCUUUUCAUUACAUUGAGAAAUUACAUUGAAAAAUUAUUUUGUUAAUAUGUUAAAGCCAUACUAUAUAGAGCAUUGUGGUAUUCUUAAGUACUGGUAGAAUCCUCAUGAUAGUUAUUUUGUAAAUGUGUUUGCUUUCUGUUUUUCUCCCCACCCCUUUCAUUGUUUCACUUUUACUGUAAUUUCAGGUCCUCUUCUCAGUCAAGUAAGGUGAAAAAUAUUAUUAUGGAAUAUGCAUGCUGUUAUGGUGAUAUAGUUUAUUAAUAUACAGUUAUCUUCAUCUUCAUUUAAAGUAUUUAUUAAAGAACUUGCUAUAUGAUGAUCCUGAUUAAGGUGCUGUAAAAAUGAGAUAUAUACGACAUCUUUCAUAGAUUCAUUAUUUUCUAGCAUACAGAAAUGUAUGUCUAAGAAUGUAGACAAUAAUGCUAGACUUUCAAAAUAUAGACAAAAAUAAGUAAUAAAACUAUUGAUAUGUUUUUAACAGUUACAUUAUUAUUAAAGAGCAAGUAAAGCUUUAAAAUUACCUGUCACAUAGUGAGUGUUCAGUAUAUAUGGAUUAAUGGAAUAAGUUUAGUUGGUUGAUGAUUGAAGGGAAGUUGUAGGAAUUGCAAUUAACAGGGCCCAGGAGAAAAAUCACUAAGCACCGUUAAAAUUCAUGAGAAACUAAAGAACCAAAUUCUAUAGUUUAAUAAAUUAUUCUAGCUCAGUGUUUUGCAAGGGUUUUUUAAUUUAUGCUCCUUUCACAAACCUUCCUUUAAUGUUAGUUGAUGCUUCAAAACAAAUUUAGUAUCACUAAAACCAAAUCAUUAUUACCCCCCACUUAUAGCAUAUAACCCUGAAAGAGAUCAUCUCAUCAAGAAUAAUUAUUUUUGCUAAUUUAAUAUAAAUUCCAGAUCCUUUGUUAUCAGGUGCUCUUCUAUGUCAUGUCUAUUUAAAUGUAUUUUCAUAACUAUGUUAGUAAUAAUUUACAAAUAGGUUGUUAAUUUUUAAAACCAAAGUUCUUUUAACAGAGUAUAAUCUGAACAAAAGUCAGAUACUUAUGGAGUUUUUUAUUUAUUAGGGUGGGGGGGAGGCAUGUGGAUAUAUUUUAAAUCAUUUUGGGUUAACUACUACAAAAUCACAACUUCUUACUAAUUUUUUUUCCUAUGAUUGGCAGAUUUUCUGGAUGUUUAAUUUAAUUUUUUGUUUCUGGUUUUCAGGCAUGUAUAAGACCAGGAAGAAAACAUAAUAAUAAUGAUUUUUAGAGCCUGACUUCUUAUGGAAACCAUCUUUUAAAAUUCAUCAAUAGUAAACAAUUGUCAGCUGAAAACUGUUAGUUCAGUCUUGGAGUUGGUAACAAUUUCAGUAUAUAUCAGUGUUCACACAGGUAUUUCUAAGGAAUCAGGAGAACCAAAGAAAUGAAGUUUACACCAUGGAUAGCACAGAGGAGAAGAAUGACAGCACAAAGGAGAAGAAUGACAAUUACAAAGAUGAUCUUCUGCUAAGGGUGGGACUUAAUGAUAAUAAAGCCGGAAUGGAAGGAUUAGAUAAAGAGAAAAUUAACAAAAUUAUAAUGGAAGCCACAAAGGGGUCCAGAUUUUAUGGAAAUGAGCUCAAGAAAGAAAAGCAAGUCAACCAACGAAUUGAAAAUAUGAUGCAACAAAAAGCUCAAAUUACCAGCCAGCAGCUAAGGAAAGCACAAUUACAGGUUGACAGAUUUGCAAUGGAAUUGGAACACAGCCGGGAUCUGAACAAUACCAUAGUACAUAUUGACAUGGAUGCUUUCUAUGCAGCUGUAGAAAUGAGGGACAAUCCAGAACUGAAGGAUAAACCCAUUGCUGUAGGAUCAGUGAGUAUGUUGACUACUUCGAAUUACCACGCAAGGAGAUUUGGUGUUCGUGCAGCCAUGCCAGGAUUCAUUGCAAAAAGACUCUGCCCACAACUUAUUAUAGUGCCCCCAAACUUUGACAAAUACCGAGCUGUGAGUAGAGAGGUUAAGGAAAUACUUGCUGAUUAUGAUCCCAAUUUUAUGGCCAUGAGUCUUGAUGAAGCCUACGUGAAUAUAACAAAGCAUUUAGAGGAAAGACAAAAUUGGCCUGAGGACAAAAGGAAGUAUUUCAUCAAAACAGGGAACUCUCUAGAAAAUGAUAAACCAGGAAGGGAAGUUAAUAAACUGCGUGAGCAGGAACGAUCCAUCUCUCCUCUACUUUUUGAAGAUAGUCCUCCUGAUUUGCAGUCCCCAGGAAAUCCUUUCCAAGUGAACUUUGAAGAACUGAAUAAUCUUCAAAUACUCCAAAACUCAAUUGUUUUUGGAACAUCAGCUGAGGAAGUGGUAAAGGAAAUUCGUUUCAGAAUCGAGCAAAAAACUACACUGACAGCCAGUGCAGGCAUCGCACCAAAUACAAUGUUAGCGAAAGUAUGCAGUGAUAAGAAUAAACCAAAUGGACAAUACCAAAUUCUCCCUAAUAGACAAGCUGUGAUGGACUUCAUCAAGGACUUACCCAUUAGAAAGGUUUCUGGAAUAGGAAAAGUUACAGAGAAAAUGUUGAAGGCCCUUGGAAUUAUUACUUGUACAGAACUAUACCAACAGAGGGCAUUACUUUCUCUCCUUUUCUCUGAAACAUCUUGGCAUUAUUUCCUUCAUAUUUCCCUGGGUCUAGGUUCCACACAGCUGGCAAGGGAUGGAGAGAGGAAAAGCAUGAGUGUUGAGAGGACAUUCAGUGAGAUAAGUAAAGCAGAAGAACAGUACAGCUUGUGCCAAGAACUUUGCAGUGAACUUGCUCAAGACCUGCAGAAAGAAGGACUUAAGGGUAGAACUGUUACCAUUAAGCUAAAGAAUGUGAAUUUUGAAGUAAAAACUCGUGCAUCUACAGUUUCAUCUGUUGUUUCUACUGCAGAAGAAAUAUUUGCUAUUGCUAAAGAAUUGCUAAGAACAGAAAUUGAUGCUGAUUUUCCACAUCCCUUGAGAUUAAGACUUAUGGGGGUGCGACUAUCUGGUUUUCCCAAUGAAGAGGAGAAGAAAUGCCAACAAAGGAGCAUUAUUGGCUUCUUACAGCCUGGAAACCAAGCCCUGUCAGCCACCAGGUGUACACCAGAGAAAACUGACAAAGAUCAGUUUCUAAAACCUCUAGAAAUGUCCCAUAAGAAGAGUUUCUUUGAUAAAAAACGAUCUGAAAGGAAUUGGAGCUACCAGGACACAUUUAAAUGUGAAACUGUAGAUAAACAAAGUUUACAGACAUCACAAUUCUUCCAAGUUUUAAAGAAGAGGAUGAGUGAGAAUUUAGAAACAUUGGAGAAUUCAGAUAACUGCCAUAUAUUUACUUGUCCUGUUUGCUUCAGGGAGCAAGGAAGCAUCAGUCUGGAAGCCUUUAAUAAACAUGUAGAUGCGUGUCUUGAUGGACCUUCCAUCAGUGGAAACUCUAAAAUGUCCUCACGUUCACAUGCUUCCUCUACAGAAGUGAACGAGAAAGAAAAUGUCCAUGAUUUUGUUUCUGACUGUGAGAAGCAGGAUUGUGAAACUCAUCAGAAGAAUGCAGAGAUCACAUCAGUAGAUUCUGUAGAGUUGGCAGAGACUACUGGUAAUCAAUCUAAUACAGAAGGUGUAGAUGUGCUAAGUAAUAAGCACAGUGAAGAGGAAUGUUCUAGUCUUCCAAGCAAAUCGUUUAAUAUAGAACACUAUCCUCAGAAUUGUUGCGCUGUUUCACUGGAAAAUGAAGAUGUUGCGUCAUUAGGAAGGAACGAGCCCCUACAACCUUAUUUAUAUGAAGUGAUCAGUGACCAAGUCCUCGUUUGUCCUGUUUGUAACCUAGAACAAAAGACUUCAGAUCUUACCCUAUUCAAUGUGCAUGUAGAUGUUUGCUUAAAUAAAGGCAUUAUCCAGGAACUGAGAAGAGAUAAGGUUAAUCCAGUUAACCAACCCAAAGAAAGCACCACAAGUACUGAUAACUCAGGCAAAGUACAGAAGAUUGGAACAAAAGCAAACAGGCCAGGACUGACGACAAAGUACUCGGCAUCAAAGAAAACAAAACCAAACAGUCCCAGACACACCCUUGAUAUAUUUUUUAAAUGAACUUUGAACAUUUUAUCAUUAAUUUUUGAUUGAAACUUGUUAUUUUAUAAUCAAUGAACGUAUUCUUCCUCAUUCCAGGCUUACAGAUUCAUUGAGUGAAAGGCAAGUGCAAUAAGCCCUCCCCAAAUGACAUUUCCUUUAUAUGAAUUUGGAAUAUAUACUAAUUUACUUCUGUAUAUAUUUUUGAUAACAAUGAGAAUUCCACUUCCAUUAUACUUCAAUUGGAAAUCAGUUCUGUUAGAGACAAUUUUAAAAUGAGAAGUUAGGAAUGGGAUCAGGAAGUGAUUUCCUUCUUUAUUAUGUUUUAUAGUGAAUAUAAAAACUUACAUUUAUAAGGGCUCUCAGAAGUUCAGAUAAACCUGCUUUAGCAUAAGAAUUUUUCAGCACUUAACCACUUUGUUGGCACUGGACUGCUAUGUUUGAUCUUAGUAUCUUCUACAACUUUGUAUAAUUAUAUUUUAGCUCCUAGUAUCUUCAGAUACCUCAUGAACAUUCAUAAUUAAUACUUAUCUUAAGUUCUAUGAAGAGUAUUAGCUUAGCAGAACCAGCAUGAGUGGUUUUGUUACCUUCAGGAAAAUAAUGUCACAGUAUUAUUUGCUGUGUUAAAAGAAUUUUUGUUUAAAAUAUGAUUAUUCAUUUGAUUUUUUUAAAUUUAAAAUUUCUUUAAUGAAUAAGCACUUGGUUCACUUUAAAAAAAUAUUUAGUCUAAGAUUCAAGGUAAUUAUUUUCUUAUCUAAGACUUUUAAAUAGCAAUAUUUCAUUUCUUGGCAGUUAUAUUUGUACUUUACACAAAUCUGUAAAAAAGGAUAAAUUGUACACUCACUUCAUUUUUAUUAUGACCUUCUGGAGAAGAAUGUGCAAUUCAAAAGAUUAAUGUGUGUUAAAACACCUCAUUUAUCUUAGUUAUAUUUCUAUCAUGUUUUCAUUGAUAUUCGCGAAAGAAGACAGCUUAACAGUAGUUAGCUUAAGUAGUUGUUCCAAAUAUUUUUGUGCUAUCAAUAGAGGAGUUUUUAUCAAAAAAACAAUUAUUUAAUUGAAACAUGAAGAUGGAACCCAUUUUCUAUUACUGCUUUAAGGAACUGAAUCUUUUGUUCUCAUAUUUUUGUUUCUUUUCAUAUUUUAUAGCUCGUUACCUAAAUGUAUAAAGACAAUGUUUUAGGAGUAGCGUAAAUUAGGAUCUCGCACAACCUUUGGCCAAAGUGGUAAUUUGACUUUAAAUUACUAGAUGGAUUAAAAUUAGGCUUAAUGUUUAUUAACAUACCAAUUUCAUGCCUAAUAUUAUUAUACGCUAUGCUUAAUACCUAGUUGUAGAGCUACGCUUCUUGAUUGUGUGAUUUACUUACAUUAAUUCUCUACAAAAUUAAGUUCAAUGAAGCACUGAUUUAAUGUAUUGAAAAGUAGAUAGAACCAUAUUUGUUCUUUUCUAUUCUAUUUUGUUUCAAGUUCAUUUUUAUUGUGUUUUCAACAUUAGAGUGAAUACUAAAUUAUUUUCACUUAGAUGAUUCAUUUAAUUGAAUGUUAUCAUUUAGUAAUAUUUAAUAAAAAUUUAAAAUG